AUGUCUCCCCCAAUGGCUACCACAACAGUUCGAAUAUCCGCAAACUUUGGACCUGCGAGCCAAUUUGAAAACUUACCUGCGACUUUCAUCCAGCUGAAGGGCCGGACAGAUCACGAACAAGGCGAGAUUUAUCUACAAUUAUCGCUGACAGCCCUGCGAGAGCUGGCCGACUUGUUGGAAAACGAUCGUCUCUCAGCAACUGAUAAAGCUACCUACAAUCGAGCUUACACCGCUGGAAAGUUUCAAUAUGAUCAAGCGGUAAAACUCAGAGACCAGCUCCAGAUGCGGAAGAAAUCUUUCCGCAAGUUCAUUGUCAACCUUUUCGUCCGUGAGUCGGAUCCCAAGCACUUUCGUAAAAUCACACAUCGGGUUUAUAAGGGCAUCAAAAGAACUUCAGAAGACCUGGCCAGACGUUUGCUGCCGGAAAAAGAUGACACCCUUGUAUUUGGGAGCCCAGGGGAGUCCACACAAGACCACGCCUCUGUUUGUGAGGAGAGUCUCUGUGUUGAGGUAGAAGUCACCGAUCUUUCUCCGAACGAAACCAUCCGAGGUCUUAAUGUGGAUAUACAUAAUGAACAAGAAGAACAAGAGGUCUUUGCGACGCUUAGUCGAAUAGCAAAAGCUAGAGAGGCAGACGGAGAAGAAGAUGCAGAAUAUGAUGAUCAAACCACCAAAUCGACAGGAACAACAUUGAAUUUCGGAGUAAAUGAAGAAAGUCAUGACAAUGAUGAUGAUGAUGAACGCGGGCACUGCAAUUACGUCUUUACUUCCAGUGUCGGUUCGAACUCCGGCAUUAAUGAUGUUUCACACAAGUGUCAGUUGAACCAGUUCCUAUUCCGCGAGGCGGGAAAAUAG